GUUUAAUGGCGUAACACCGGUGGCGUCACUUCCGGCGGCGAGGUCUUGUUAUGGUUCCUACUUGACAGAAGCCGGCCGUUUUAAACACUUUUAAACUCUUUAUUUGACUUUAAAUAUCAUCUAAAGUUAUCGCUCUGAUAGUUUAUAAUUAAGUAACUGUUUACGAGUGUCUGUUUCUCUACGGCGUUUCCCCUGAGUUUUACUGUUUCAUGUUAGCUUUAGCUGGUGUUAGCUUUAGCUGGUGUUAGCUUUAGCUGGUGUUAGCUUUAGCUGGUGUUAGCUUUAGCUGGUGUUAGCUUUAGCCGGCGUUAGCUCCGCUGUUUACUGGUCUGUCCUGGAGUCUCUGUAACCGCCAGUCGCGUUUCUCCCUCAACUCCUCAUGGCCGUGGACCCGGAGCCCCUGCUGCCGGAGGACGCCGUGGGCAGGCGGGUGUCCUGCGGAGGAGACCGGGCCACGGUGCGGUACGUGGGGCCGGUGCCGCCGACCAAAGGAGUGUGGCUCGGAGUGGAGUGGGACAAUCCAGAGAGAGGAAAACAUGACGGAGUCCAUGAGGGAGUGCAGUACUUCACCUGCAGUUGUCCCGGCUCUGGCUCCUUCGUUCGUCCUUCUAAAGUGUCCUUUGGUGUGGACUUCCUGUCAGUCGUACACGAACUGUACGAAAAGGACCAAGAGCAGAACCUGAAUAAAGACGUCCACUUUAUACUUGAUGACAGUUUCAGCCUUGAGAACCGACGCACCAUGACCCUGGAUCAGAAAGACGUGAACGGCCCCGGAGAAGACGGCGCCAUCCGGAAAACGACGCCCAAUGUGCAGUGGUUGAACCUGAGCCGCUCUCUGAUUGGUCGAUGGGAUGACGUCGCAGCCAUCACUGUGCAGCUGGAGGCACUGCAGGGACUGGAGCUCAGGCUUAACCGUCUGCAGAUGCCCUCUGACCCUCCUCGACUCUCCAAGGCCUUCCUCCACCUCACAGUGCUGAAUCUGAGCGAGUGCGCCCUCUCCUGGACACAGGUGCUACAGUGCGCCCCCAUGUGGCCACAGCUGGAGGACCUGGGUCUGGAGGGGAACUGCAUCUCCACGCUUUCCAAUCCUGGUUCAGACCUGUUCCAGACACUGAAGUCCCUGAGUCUGUCUCAAAAUCCUCUGGACCAGCUCUCCAUUUUGUCCCUGUCGUCUCUGCCGAGACUGGAGCAGCUGAACCUGUCCAAGACCCAACUGUCCUCAAUCCAAUUCAGCGACGCAGGACCAGGAGAAGAGACAAAAAUGUUUCCCGUUUUGAAGAAUCUGAACCUGGACCACAACAACAUCUCGGAGUGGCGUGUGGUGAACGAGCUGUCCAAACUCCGGUCUUUGGUUCAGUUCUCGUGUAAGAGGAAUCAUCUGAAGGCCCCAGACGGAAACCACAGAACCACGUCCCAGCUCCUCAUCGCCAAACUGGGACGAUUGCUCGUGGUCAACAGUUGCGAGAUAAAGCAAGAGGAACGCAGGGGGGCGGAGCUUGACUACAUUAAAAUGUUCGGGGAGGCGUGGCUAAAGGCCGGAGGGAGGGUCCAGCUCAGUCCUGACUUCAUCACUGACCACCCCCGAUACCAAGACCUGAUCCAGAAGUACGGAGCCCCGGAGGAGGGAGAAAUGAAGAAACCUCAGCCCUUUGCUCUGAAGAACCAGCUCCUCAAGAUUUCGUUUGAGUUUCCGGACGACUCUGAGAGGAAACGUUUGGAGAAGAAACUCCCAGCGUCGAUGGAGGUGCAGAAGGUCAAAGGUCUCCUCCACAGACUCCUCAAGGUCCCAGCCACAGAGCUCCACCUGUCCUACACCUCCCCCAAGAUGGUGGGGACAGAGUUCCAGUUGGAUAAUGACCUCAAGAGUCUUCAGUUUUACUCAAUCGAAGCCGGAGACACAGUCCAGGUCCGGUGGUCCUGAUCCUGGUCUGGGUCCUGGUCUGGGUCCUGGUCUGGGUCCUGGUCUGGGUCCUGGUCUGGGUCCUGGUCUGGGUCCUGGUCUGGGUCCUGGUCUGGGUGCUGGUCUGGGUCCUGGUCUGGGUCCUGGUCUGGGUGCUGGUCUGGGUGCUGGUCUGGGUCCUGGUCCAAUCCACAAGAAAGACUGUCACUAUUACAGAAAACACUCUUACAUCUGUGCCAACCUUUCAAACCAGUCGAGUCCCCGUCGAGUCCCCGUCGAGUCCCCGUCGAGUCCCCGUCGAGUCCCCGUCGAGUCCCCGUCGAGUCCCCGUCGAGUCCCCGUCGAGUCCCCGUCGAGUCCCCGUCGAGUCCCCGUCGAGUCCCCGUCGAGUCCCCGUCGAGUCCCCGUUUACAGUGAUCUCACUGCUGCUCGUGUAAAUUCAGAUUAAAACUGGUUUUCUUGAAAUACUGAAUUAGUUUUUUUUUUCAGCUCUAGUGCCCUACACUGAACCUGCAAACUGUUUCUUUGGGUAAGACACUUCUCUCACCUUUGUAAAGCCCAAAAUCACAGCAGCAGAAAAACAAAUUAAUCAACAGAAAACAAGCAAGUGGAGAAGUGUCCCAGAGCGCCCCCUGUCCUUAGACCCCCCUCUGCAAGAAAAAACAAAAAAAACAAAACUCUGGGAAAAAGAGAAACCUCGAGGAGAAGCACAGUGAAGGAGAGAUCGGCUCAACUAAGAGCCAGAGCCGCUCGACUAAGAGCCAGAGCCGCUCGACUAAGAGCCAGAGCCGCUCGACUAAGAGCCAGACGGAGGCUUAUUCACAGUAGGGGUCAGGUAUUGGGUCGUCCAGCCGGGCGAGGGAAGGGAGGACCCGGGUUCACAGAACAGGAUCAGACACAGGACGGCUGCAGUUUCACUUCCCAGAGGGGAGAGGGAUUUGGCAUUUUAUUGGGGGUUUGUAUUUCCAGUGGAAGUUGAGAGAGCAGACUCUUUAGAUCUCUGAGCUCAUAUUUGACAUGGCACACAUAGACGAGAUAGAAAGAAAAUGUAAAAAGGUGAUUAAAGUUAUGAGUGGCUGGGAGAGAGUGGGGGGCUCGUGGUACAGCCCUAAAAAGACUAUCAGGCCUUAAUAAAAUCAGUUUUUGAUUAUGGUUGUGUGUUGUACGGAUCAGCAGCCCCUUCUGUGUUAAAACAGUUGGAUGUAGUACAGCCACAGGCCCUGAGCGUCUUGUGGAACAUUAAAAACAUCUCCAGUCAACGGGAGAAAUGCCUCUUGACCUCAGGGGGAAGCAAAUUACUCUAAACGAUUAAAUUCAUCUCAGGAGUCACGGAGAGGCACAUCCUACCAAGGACGUGCUUUUGGAUUACUCAGAGUAUGGAAAAAGACAGAGUAUUUGGUACUAUUGGCUUUAAACUGUAUGACUUGGGUAAAAUGUUUUGGAAUUUCUGCCCAUUCCUCCAGACAGAACUGGUGUAACUGGCCCGAGUUUGUGGACGUCUCGCUCGCACGUUCCUGUUCAGUUUGCCUCAUAAACUUGAUAGGACUGAGAUGAGGGCUUUGUGACGCCACUCCAGAACAUUGACUUUGUUAUCCUUAAGCCUCUUUGUUAUCCUUAAGCCUCUUUGUCACCAGUUUGGCCGUAUGCUUCAGGUCAUUGUCCAUUUGUUCCGAGCUUUAACUUCCUGCUGAUGUGUUGAGAUGUUGCUUCAGUUUUUCCACAUAAUGUUCUUUCCUCCUGAUGCAUCUGUUUUGUGAAGUGCACCAGUCCCUCCUGCAGCAAAACAUCCCCACGACACGAUGCAGACACCCCCGUGUUUCACAGUUGGGAUGGUGUUUCUCAGACUUGCAAGCUUCAAUUUUCAGUUCAGUUUUACUUUGUUCAGACACAGGACAUGUCUCCAAACAUGAAGCUCUUUGUCCCUGUGCAUUUACAAACUGUCCUCUGUGUUUUUUCUGUUUCUUUUGGAGUCAUGUCUUCUUCCUGCAGAGUGUCCUUUCAGUCCAUGUCCUCAGUCCUCGUUUCACUGUGGAUAAUGACACACUCUUACAGCUUCAGCAGCUUCUUCACCAGGUCUUUUGGUUUUGUUCUUGUGUUGAUCUGCACAUUUCAGACCAAAGCACCCGUGUCCUUCCUGAGCGGUGUGAUGCUGGACAUUCUCAUGGAGCCUUUUUAUUGUUUGAACAAUUCUUAGUUUUUUCCUCAUUGCACUCCCCCUUCAGGACACAAUGAGCAAUCACCAACAGACAGGGCAAGAUCCUUCGCUCUUCUGCUGACCUGCCAUAAAAUGAUGAGUGAGAAUCAAACUUACGAGAUGUCAGUGUCUCCAGAGAAGGUUCAGUCUCAACGUUCACAGAGACGAGCUGAUGUUCACCUCAGCAGCACCACAUGAUGAAGCCAAACGCACAAACCGUCUGUGCAACACAA